UUACUGCACUGCGUCAACACACCGACAUGGCACUCGCUUUGAGGACUUUGGGAAGAUCAUGCUUGCUGAGGCAGCCAUCAUGCAUUUUACCAAGAAGGUCCACCCUGGCCACUCGUCCCUCGGCCUAUGAAGAGAUGAACACAUACUGGGUGAAGAACCGUCAGUUGAACCGACCCCUGUCCCCUCACGUCACAGUGGUCCAGUACCAUGUGACAAUGGUGGUCUCCAUCACAAACCGUGUUGCGGCCGUAGCUUUGCAGGGAGGAUUGUGCCUGGCCUCCAUCACCCUGCUGUGCCUGCCCGGCACCUACACCGACUACAUCUCUAAGCUGAGAGAGCUACGUCUGGGCCCGGCCAUCGUCUACGGUGUCAAGUUCCUCCUGGCUCUGCCCUUUGCCUACCACCUGGUGGCAGGCAUGAGACAUCUGGUGUGGGACAUGGGCUACGGCUUCAGCAAACCGAUGACCCAGAAAGGCAGCUGGGUGGUUCUGGCUCUGACGGGGGCCUGCACUGCCUUCCUCAUGUUUGGGGUUCGACCCUCAGCCUUGUAGGGACAAGGGGAAUUGAGCAUCUGUAGACGGUGGCUCUUGAAGGUUGUGAGACGCAGGAUUUGAAAAAAAUAGAAAUGUGUCACUGUGCGGUGGAAUCACGCACUUGUCAAUUUUUUGAGCCUAUGGAGUUAUUGGUAUAAUCUGAACGCUUUUUUUUUUUUGUCUUGCUU